ACACCUGGACCAACAUGGAGGUGCUGAACGUCUCCUGCAACAAACUCAAGUCUCUGCCGGCAUCUCUGUCGAAGCUGGUGUCGCUGAAGCGUCUCUACAUCAACGUGAACCAGCUGGACUUCGAGGGCAUCCCGGCCAGCAUCGGCAAACUGCAGAACCUCGAGCACUUCGUGGCCUCCAACAACAACCUGGAGCUCAUCCCCGAGGGGCUCUGCAGAUGUGGGAAACUGAAGCGGCUGAUCCUGAACAGAAACAGACUAGUGACGUUGCCUGAUGCCAUCCACGCUCUCACAGACCUGGAGACGCUGGAUAUCCGAGACAACCCGAACCUGGUGAUGCCGCCGAAGCCCAAAGAGAAGAAAACCGGCAGCGGGCCGGAGUUCUACAACAUCGACUUCUCACUGCAGCAUCAGCUCAGACUGGCUACAGGUGCACCCCCCUCACCAUCACAGGGGCAGCAACCCUCCAAGGACCCUCUGGCUCGGAAGAUGCGGCUGAGGAAGGUCAAGGACACAGCUGGGGACAGCGACAAGGUUCUCAAGGGUAUGACUGGAGUGACAGAAGAAAAGAACAAGAGGUUGAAGGAGUGGACCAAGGACCAGGAGCAGGAGGGAGACAGACAGGAGGCAAAGCCGAGGCGUUGGGACGAGGGCCUCGAGCGACCACAGCUGGACUACAGCGACUUCUUCACGGAGGACACGGGGCAGACGGCCGGCGUCACCGUCUGGCAGAUCGAAAACUUCCUCCCCGUUCUCAUCGAGGAAGCCCAACACGGGAAGUUCUACGAUGCAGACUGUUACAUCAUCCUCAAGACCAGCUGUGACGACCAGGGUAACACAGACUGGAUGAUCUUCUACUGGAUCGGAGCUGAUGCCUCACUGGAUAAGAAAGCCUGCGCCGCGAUCCACUCCGUCAACUUGAGGAACCUUCUGGGAGCCGAGUGUAGAACCAUCAGGGAGGAGCAAGCUGACGAGAGUGAAGAGUUUCUGGAGGUUUUUGACCACAACAUUUCGUACAUCGAGGGCGGCACGGCGAGCGGGUUCUUUACAGUGGAGGACACGCAGUACACUGUGCGCAUGUACCGAGUCAGCAUCCCCAAAACCUGCAACAUCCACCUGGAGCCAGUUCCGGUGACCCUGAGCGCGCUCGACCCCAGGUUCAGCUUCCUGCUCGAUGCCGGGCUCAGGAUCUACAUCUGGGCAGGUCACAGGUCAACGCUCAACACCAGGACAAAGGCCAGGUUGAUGGCCGAGAAAAUCAACAAAAACGAGCGGAAAAACGAGGCGGAAAUCAGCGUCAUCCGACAGGGCCAGGAGACCAAGGCAUUCUGGGAGCUCCUGGGAGGGCUGCCAGAUGAGAUUUUGCCGCACGUGCCAGAAGACUUCUCCCCUCCCAAGCCCAGACUGUACCAAGUGUGCCUGGGGAUGGGGUACCUGGAGCUGCCGCAAGUUGAGCUUGGGGCGGGUCAGAGGCUGCGGAAGGUUGUGCUGAACACCAGGAACGUCUACAUCCUGGACUGCUACUCCGACGUGUUUGUGUGGUUGGGCCGGAAGUCGACCCGGCUGGUGCGAGCAGCGGCGCUGAAGCUCUCCCAGGAACUCUGCAACAUGCUGCCCAGACCGGACGUUGCCAUGGUAACAAGAGUGCAGGAAGGGACAGAGACUCAGGUGUUUAAGUCCAAGUUCAUCGGCUGGGACGACAUCGUUCCUGUGGACUAUACCAAGAGUGCAGAGGAGGCGCACAAGGGCGGACCGGAGAUCAAACGGGACGAGGAUCAGGCUAAGAAGGAAGCUAAGACAGACCUGUCAGCGCUCUUCAUGCCCAGACAGCCCUCCAUGUCCGCUGCUGAAGCCGAGCAGCUGAUGGAAGAGUGGAACGAGGAUUUGGACGGGAUGGAGUCGUUUGUUCUGGAGGGGAAGAAGUUUGUCAGGCUGCCUGAAGAGGAAAUCGGUCACUUCUACAGCGGGGACAGUUACGUGUUCCUGUGCCGCUACUGGGUUCCCGUGGAGACCCCGGAGCAGGAGGAGCAGGAGGAGGAUGCUCCGGAGCAGCAGGAGGAGCAGGAGGACUUCCAGUGUGUCGUCUACUUCUGGCAGGGCCGAGACGCAAGCAACAUGGGCUGGCUCACUUUCACUUUUAGCCUGCAGAAGAAGUUUGAGUCACUGUUUCCCGGGAAACUGGAGGUGGUGAGAACACACCAGCAACAAGAAAACCUGAAGUUCCUGGCCCACUUCAAGAAGAAGUUCAUCAUCCACCAAGGUCACAGGAAGGACAAACCAGCAGAGCCGCAGCCGUCGCUGUUCCAGAUCAGGGCCAACGGCAGCCCGCUCUGCACCAGGUGUAUACAGAUCCCCGCCGAGGGAAAACUGCUCAACUCCGAGUUCUGCUACAUCCUGAAGGUUCCGUUUGACAAUGACGAGACGAACGGGAUCGUGUACGUGUGGAUCGGUCGCUGCUCCGAGCCCGACGAGGCGAAACUCGUGGAGGACGUCUCAAACGACAUCAACCCGAAUGUAAGGCAACAGGCGGGAACUCCCGCAGCUUCUGUUAUCAUAAAUCAUGCGUUGCAGUUAGUAGAAAUUCAUCAAUCAUCAAUCAUGAAAGGUACACAUACCUCCAAAGUUUGAUGUCUACGAGAUUGA